UACAAGGUCACUUCAAGGUAUAGCGCAUAUUUGCACAUGUUCAGGCUGACUAAUGUCCUGUUGGCCGUCUCUCUCGGCUACUUUUGCUUUGUUUCGUGGUCGUUGUUUGAAGUAUUCUUCCCAUCAAAUUGUAAAGGGUCUUCAGGAUGCAUAACACCUGGAUGGAAGCCAGAUGAUGAACUCAAGAUACAUUUACAAUUUAUCAGAGGAGGGGGUUUUGUUGGAGAUCCUCCAACAAAUGAAAUCUUCAAAAUUGAUCGUGGACUAGUAAAGAAAUAUAAUUGCACUCUCACUGUACCUCCAACCAGCGAUUCUAUUGUAACUGCUCGCUUACGCUUGCUGACAAGUACCGGUUCACUCAUUUCGAGCAACGAUUUAAACCUUUUGACCCACAAGGAGGCUACCAGGACAACUUUCAACCUCAUGACCAGUAAUGAAUCAUCAAACAAUCCAAAGAAUGAUCGUGGGUUGCUUUCACCAUUUUGGUUAUCAACAUUACGUGUAUAUGUGCUCCAGACUCCAGUAUCUUUCAACCGCUAUAAUGUGCCUGCUGAAAUAGUUGGUCGUAUCCAGCUUAGUUCAAAGGGAUAUUUGCCGGUAGUAUACGUUAACCCAAAUUUCCAAGCUUCAAGUGAUUGGUCUGAAAUCAAGCAAGUAAAUGAAAAUCGUCAACUAGAAAUAGUCUUAUCCGUCGAACCACUUUCGGUGGGCCAUAUGCGUUUGCGGUGUGUGUUAGAAUCAGUAGCUGAUCGAUUACACUCUUAUGGUAUAAAAUCAAAGGAUAUUGACGAGAUACGUGGUAUUUUUUUGGACACCAAUUUAUACCUAUUGCUGACCACACUAUUCAUUUCUAUUUUCCAUUUAUUGUUCAGUUUUCUGGCUUUUAAAAAUGAUAUUUCAUUUUGGCGUCGAUCAAAUAAUACAGUUGGAAUUUCUUUACGAACGGUUGUUUGGAGAUUUAUCAGUUCUUUCAUUAUAUUUCUACAUUUAUGGGAAGAGAAAAGUAGUCUGUUAGUUUCUAUUCCAAUGGGAAUAUCUACUUUGAUUGAAUUAUGGAAGUUAGGUCGAAUGACCAAAUUUUCUAUUAGUUUUCAUCAUGGUUUUCAAUGGGGUAAACGAUCGAAAGAAGAAGAAGCAACUGAUCAAUUAGAUGCACAAUUUAUGCAUUGGUUAAUGCUUGUCAUGAUUCCUCUUUGUAUUGGUGGUUCAAUAUAUUCCUUAUUUUAUAUACCACAUCGUAGCUGGUAUUCUUGGUGCUUAGAGACUAUGGCAAAUGGUGUUUAUGCUUUUGGAUUAUUAUUAAUGACACCUCAACUUUUCCUCAAUUAUCGAUUAAAAUCUGUAGCACAUUUACCAUGGAAAGCAAUGACCUACAAAGCAUUCAAUACUUUCAUUGAUGACUUUUUCGCAUUCAUUAUUGUAAUGCCAACAUCACAUCGUAUUGCUUGUUUACGUGAUGAUUUAAUAUUUUUAAUUUAUUUAUAUCAACGAUGGCUUUAUCCUGUAGAUAAAUCACGUGUCAAUGAAUUUGGUCAAAUGAACGAUGAUUGCGUCCAGUCAAAGUCGACUUCUGAUAUUACGAAUUCAACCAGUAGUAGUUCUAAGAAAAAAUAUAAACUUAAUUAAUAGGAUUUUUUUUUAUUGGUGUUAGUGUAUUUUAUAUUUAUUCUUAAAAUCAUAUCCUUCAUCAAUACAUUUCAUAUUCUGUUUCCUUUAAUUCUUUAAAUAUAUGUUUUAUUUUCGUCUUAACUUGUUUGUAAUUUUAAAAAAGUGUGAUUAUAUAUAUAUAUGUUUUUCUUACAAAUUAUA